AUGUCCAGGAGGACACUGGGUGGAGGUCGUGUUCUAGGCACUCCAACUGCACUUUCAUCUAUCCCGUCUCCCUCCCCGCAAAGGAGAGUGCUCUCACCGACCGCGAGCAGCUUGUCCCUCAGUUCACAGACUUCAGCUUCUCAGUUUUCAUCAACAACUCAAGACCUCACCUCACGGAUAUCCCUGGAAAAUGGGGACACUUCUAUAUCUGCAGCUCCAGCUGCCCCGGGAGCUCAGCUGUCAUGUCCAAUAUGCAGUGAGGAGAUGUUAACUCUUUUACAACUUAAUAGACACCUUGACGACAUUCACCAGAACUUAGAAGACGACCGGCAGGAUGAGGUUAAGGACUGGUUCAAGUUGCAAAUGGAAAAAGCAAAGCGAUUCCAACCACUCGCCGUGCUGAAUCAAAAGCUAAAGGGACUGGAUGUAUUUGAAUCAAAUGAAACCACGUCCAUCCCUGUCCGCCCUGCAACCCAUACCGGAACACCCGACCCACCUAGGCUAGUAGAUCCCGAGGACCUCAUUACCAAAGAACACUGGCAAACCACAUCUCUCUACGAUAACUGUCUGGAACCUUCUUGCGGGAAACGACUAAAUUCUACCAACGGAUGCGUGAACUGCCGAAAAUGCGGGAACCUCUUUUGCGAAGAACAUACAAUGUAUCAGAUGAAGUUAUCUCGAUCAGCGCAGCAUGAACCAGUGAGAGGAAUUUGGGCCCGAGUAUGUGAGACUUGCUACAAAUCAAGAGAUGGCUACAACGAUCACAAUGGGGUAACGAGAGACCAAUUGAGUGUAUUCAAAAGUAUCCGGAAACCGACUGUUGAUAAGGACGUUCUUGAAAUUUCUCGACUUGAAAAACGAUUAACACGUCUCACACAGCUUUUGGCCAAUCUACCGCCUGACCAGAUUCAGCCCAGUGCUACUAAGCUAUUUUCUCUUACAUGGCAAAAUGAUCAGCGAAAGGCCUUGGAGCAAACUAUUGUUACUUGGCAGGAUGAUGCUAGCGUCUCGCGGUGUCCUUUUUGUCAACAGGAUUUCUCUGGGUAUUCUUUUCGAAGACAUCAUUGCAGGACUUGCGGGCGGGUCGUAUGUGGUGAUCCUAACACGGGAUGUUCCAGUGAAGUAGGACUUAGUAUUGCUCCUCUGUCGAAGACUGAGAAAGCCAUGACCCGUCAGAUGAUCAAUAUAGACGUGAGACUAUGCAAGGAAUGCAAGCAUACCUUGUUUGACCGACGAGACUUCGAAGCAGACAUCACACGAAAGCCGGCCGAUGUCAGGGCUUACGAAAAUCUAGUCCAAUUCGAGAAAGGCAUUCGUCUACAUCUACCGAAGUUUCAGAAGCUUCUUGCCGCAUUACAAGAUCCAAGGCGACCUCCAACUUCGGCGCAAAUUUCAGAUGCAUCCAAGGUCCGCAAACGACUCAUUGAUUCUUUUGCCAAGUAUGAUGUUGCAGCUCGACGAGUCCGUGACUUCCCCACCGACUCUCCCACUCAAAAGCGAUUGCAAAAAGCUAUAUAUCAACAAGCCAGCAAUUUCCUCCAUCUCCACAUGCUGCCCCUGAAAUCUCUCCCUCAAAUUCUCAAACAUACAUCUCCCACAGGAGGUCUUCAACCCAGUCGCACCUCUACUCCAAUCACAUCCCUUAGCGGGUCUAUACCUGGCGACCGGCCACAAAAUUCUGCACUCACCACCAUAAAAUCUAAUAACCGCAUUUCUACUUAUGACAGUACCAGCAGUCUGGUCAGCGACGCGAGUAGUGCCGUUUCGGCGCUAGAAGCCGAAGAAAAGUCACUCCGUGAGCGACUGAUGGUGUUAGAAGAGCAGAAAUUUUUUGUAUCCGAGAUGAUCGCGGAUGCCAACCGCCGACGCAAGUUUGACGAAGUGAGCAGUCUUGCAAUGAACGUUGAAGAUUUAAGUCGCGAGAUCGACCGAGUCAACGGCAUGCUGUCUAAUUUGGACUUUGAGGGCGUCUAUACCGGCAAUUUGCAUAUUAACAGUUAA